AUGUCAAGGCUUCCAGACGGGAGCGCACCAGGGAACGCUCGCGGGUCUUGGCUUACUCAGAUUGAGGGUCCGCCGAGGUGGGCCAUUGGCAGCGAGAUAUGUUGGGAGAGGAGGAUAGGCGAGACAAUUGCGGAUCAUGAAGGACAGUACGGAAAGUCACGAGAGAACGCCGACCUGCGAUUUAUCAAGUUUUAG